AUGGAUCAACGGGAUUACGUAUCGAAGCGCACAUGUGUCAGUUUGGUGCUCAGCGUGGCCUUUUUUACGCUCAUCUGUGGAUUCCUCCUCGGUAAAUUCGUCUCCGAUCGCCAUCAUCACAUCCGCAUGCUAAAUCUCGAACAGAGUCGGAAUGCUAAUGCGCUCCAGCUUAAAAAUCAAUUGUCAGUGCCGGCUUUAAAAUUCGUCGAAAACGAUCAUCGCACGACACACGACGAGCAAAAUCGCAAGUUGUGGCAGGAAUUCAUCGCGUGCAUGCAACACCAAACGUUGCCCUACAACACGGAGCGACUCGAUACCUUCGUGAAUCACUUUAUCGAUCAGCAAUUUAGGGAAAUGAGCAGUUGCAUGCGCAAGCUAGAACUUUAUUUGAAUCAGUUGACGCCGGAAUGA